AUGCGUUCAUUCCUUAUCUUAGCUUGCCUUCUCGGCACAGCUUUAUCCGCUCCUUUCAAAAUAACUUCUCUCGACACCACCCGCGAAGGCUUCCUCAAAGCUCAUCCAGGCGGUACAAACAAUGUUGAAGUAACAGAUAACAAUCUCCUCAACGGGACAUACGCAAGAAACAAAACUCGCGUUUUGACACACCGCGCUGAACAAGCGACGUUGCCUCUGAAGCUAGUAAACAACUUUAGUGGCGGAAACGUCAGAGCGUAUAUCUCAGGGCUGGACUCUGACGGCACAGUCGUCUUCAUCGGCGCGAGUGGAAACCUUGUGUAUCCUAAAUCAGGAGGAUCGAAAGUCCCUGUUGAGAUUAAGGAUAACAUCGCUAUUCCUCUCCCGGCACAGGGUCAGACUCUAGAGUUUACUGUUCCUAUCUCCAUGAGCUCUGGCCGUGUUUAUUUCGCUAACGAAGAUCUUCAUUUCUUUGUCGUUGAUAUUGGAAGUGGCGAUGGUCUAGUCCAGCCUUCUGUUACGAAUCUGCAAGAUCCUAGUGCAGGUGUAGACUGGGGUUUUGUGGAAUUCACCUACACGAAUGGGGUUCUGUACGCCAACAUCAGUUAUGUCGACUUUGUGGGUAUUCCUCUUGGCAUGGGUCUUUCUCUUAAGGAUGGAAGUACUCAAUCGUGCGCUGGACUCGAGUCUGGUGCUGUGAGUAAGAUCUGCGAUGAUCUUGUUAAGCAGAAAGAUAAGGAUGGGAGAGCCUGGACUUUUAUGUGCAUUGCGAAUGCGCAGGGCAAACCAGUCCGUGUGCUUUCGCCUGGAAAUCAGUAUGAUCUUGAACCGAUCACCUUUGGGGAUUACUGGGAUACUUAUGUCAAUGAUGUGUGGAGCAAAUACUCCUCGCAAGACCUCAUCAUCAACACGCAGUCUGAAGCAGGCAACGUCAAGUGCCGCGUCACAGGGGACCAACUCACUUGCGACGGCGACAACAGAGGAUAUGGCAAGCCCAACACCAAAGACAUCUGGGGGUGUAACAGCGGUCCUUUCACAGUGAUGGAAGGCGAUAAUGCAGUUCACGCAGCGGUUGUUCCUCGUCUCUGCGCUGCGUUUGUUCGAACUACACUUCUUGUUGACGGAGGCGAUACACAGCCCAAGUUGGGACAGGAAUCGUACUACAAGAAUGAUCCUACGAGCCAUUAUAGUCGGAUUGUACAUUCUUAUGAGGUUGAUGGCAAGGGAUAUGCGUUUCCGUAUGAUGAUGUCAACCCGGACGGGAAUGAGAAUGCUUCUGGUGUUGUUUCAGGUGAGCCGGAGACUUUGACGAUUUUUGUUGGCGGGCCUUCUGCAUAG